CCAAUUUCAUAAUGCCAUGGCUAAUAUUGAAUACCAUCAUGCUGGGUCUGGACUUCUUCUUUUGGGUGUUAGAGGUGCUAACAGGGCGAUUGACACUGAAUUUGAGCUCUAUUUUGUCCAUGCUUUUAUUGCUCUGCACCCUGGCCCUGGUCAACUGCAUCAAGACGGUGUUUGAGAAUGCGAUUAAAUACAAUAUGGUGGAAACCCUAAGUGUAUUAGGGCCAGACUUGAUAUCACUCUUCCUUUAGGCCAUGCCAGAUUGAGAACAACUUAACUCCAAAACGCAUCGCGAACCCCAAGUGGCAGCUCAUUACAAGAUACAAGCUGUAGCACCUUUUGGGUCUCAUUAAAUUGAAUGGUUAUCAUUAAAAA